AUGUGGAAAAAGAACAAUGGCGCCCGAUGGAAAAAGCCCUCGGUCCAUUGUCAGUAUCUUGGCAACAAGCGUGUCCAGGUCACGGCGAGGAAGCAGGCGCUGCAGGGACACGCAUCAGUCGCACUCAUGCAGACACGCAGUUGGCACGGGCUGCGGUCUGAGCUGCGGUCCGGGGUCAGAGCCGCAGACGCCCAUGGAUAUGGACUGGAUUGGGUGCAGCCAAGAACAAUGGAGGAUGAAUAUGGACUUUUACGACAAAACACUGGGGUCACCUCCUUCCUCCUCCUUCCACCUCCUUCCUCCUUCCUUCACCUCCUUCCUUCACCUCCUUCCUCCUCCUUCCUCCUCCUUCCUCCUCCUUCCACCUCCUUCCUCCUUCAUUCCACCUCCUUGAUCCUUCUUCCUCCUUCCUUCACUUCCUUCCUCCUUCUUCAUUCCACCUUCUUCCUCCUUCUUCCGUCUCCUUCCUCCAACUCCUUCCAUCUCCUUCCGCCUUCCUCCACCUCCUUCCUGCACCUCCUCCUUCCACCUCCUUCACGUGCCUGGACUUGA